AUGAACGACUCCAUCUCGUGCAUCUCGCCCAUUCGCGAAGAAGUCAUCACAUGUGCCAUUCCCGAAGAUGCUCUUGAAUCUGUAGACUCCCUUCCAACCACUACAGUCACUCCGAAGCGCCGGAGUUUCGCAUCAAAGCGAUCGCUCUUGACUCCAAAGAGCGCCAGAUACGCUUCCUGCUCCAACUUGGCCGAUCUCAACGAAAGCGAUAUCCUAAACACGUCCACUACCUCCAUCCAAUCCGCCGCAUCCGAAUUCAAGCUUCCGAAGCGAAAGCGCAAGUCGCUCUUCGGCUCAAUCUUCCGAAAACCCAUCACACGAUCUGCCUCCAAACGACGAUCGAUCGAAGUCAAAAUCGACGACGACAUCGUCAUCUGGGAAGAGGCGAUCCCCUCGCCCAAGCGUCGACGAUCCGGAAUUCUGAGAAGAUUGACCAUGUCGAAAAAAUCGGACUUGUAG